CUAUGUGGUUCAUCUGCUAUAAUGCAACUACAGAAAACAACAUAACAUUACAUUUGAUAGAGCUGUUUGUGAACUGGACACAGGCUCAGAGCUACUGCAGAUACAAUCACACUGACCUGGCCAGCGGACCUGAUCAGGAAGAAGGCAAAGAAAUGGAGGACCUGAAAAACUCUCAGACGACUGCAUUCAGCGCCUGGAUCGGCCUGUUCAGAGACAGCUGGAGGUGGUCAGAUGGGAGUGAUUUCAAUUUCAGACUCUGGGAUACAGAUAAAGUGAUCCUGAUCACAGAAAAUAAGACCUGGGAGGAGGCCUUGUACUACUGCAGAGAGAACUACCGUGACCUGGUUUCCAUCACAAACCCUCAAGAGCAAGGAUGGGUCCAGGAAAAGGUCAAUAAUGCUUCAACUCCUUUUGUGUGGUUGGGGCUGCGCUACACCUGCACUCUGGGUUUCUGGUUCUGGGUCACUGAUGAGGUGGUUGAAUAUCAAAACUGGAACUCUGCUGGAAUAAAUGAUGACUGUGACAUGUCUGGAGCCAUGGACAGUGGAGGAGACCAUAGAGCUACUAGUAUUUGCUCCAAGACACGCGUUUCUGAUGCACUCUGCUCCAUUGCAACAGUGGUUUAA